UCGCUCUCCCUCUCUCUCUCUCUCGAGCACAACGAAUGUUCAUCGCCUCCACCAUUGGUGUUGUCUAACAUGUUGCCUCCUCCAUAAAACAAAAACCACCACCCCCCUUCCCACAACAUAUUCUCCCUCGAGACUGCCAUGGGCGUCGUCGACAUGUCGAAUAACAAUCCCCCCACCUCUCGCACCAAGGACUUCUUCGCCUCUCCCGCUCUCUCUCUCAGCCUCGCCGGGAUUUUUCGAGAUGCGGGGGCGGCGGCGGCGGCCUCGGCCAGCAUGGACGUGGAGGAGGGGGACGAGGGGAGCGGAGGAGGAGGAGGAGGAGGGAGGAGGGAGGACACGGUUGAGAUCAGCAGCGAGAACUCGGGCCCCGCCAGGUCCAGAUCGGAUGACGAGUUCGAUCCGGACGGGGACAACGAAGAGGACGGCGGCGGCGACGGCGACAAGAGCAAGAAGAAGAAGCGGAAGAAGUACCACCGCCACACGGCCGAGCAGAUCCGCGAAAUGGAAGCGUUGUUCAAGGAGUCGCCACAUCCAGACGAAAAGCAAAGGCAACAAUUGAGCAAACAGCUAGGACUCGCUCCUAGGCAAGUCAAGUUCUGGUUCCAGAACCGCAGAACGCAACUUAAGGCAAUUCAAGAGCGCCAUGAGAAUUCUCUGCUGAAAACAGAAAUGGAGAAGCUCAGAGAUGAGAACAAAGUCAUGAGAGAGACCAUCCAGAAGUCUUGCUGCCCCAAUUGUGGCUCAGCCACCACAAGCAGAGACACCGCCUUGACAACUCAGGAGCAGCAACUGCGAAUCGAAAAUGCUCGACUAAAAGCCGAGGUCGAGAAGCUCCGAGCAGCUCUAGGAAAGUACUCUCCGGGGACGGCGUCGCCUUCGUGCUCGGCCGGGAAUGACCAAGAGAACAGGAGCUCCUUGGAUUUUUACACCGGAAUCUUCGGGCUCGAGAAGUCGAGGAUCAUGGAGUUGGUGAACCAAGCGAUGGAAGAGCUCAAGAAGAUGGCUACUGCUGGAGAGCCGCUUUGGAUUAGGAGCGUCGAGACCGGCCGCGAGAUACUCAAUUACGACGAGUACAUGAAGGAGUUCAAGGUCGAAGCCCCGAGCGAGGGCAGGCCCAAGAGAUCUAUCGAAGCCUCGAGAGAGACCGGGGUCGUGUUCGUCGACCUUCCCCGCCUAGUGCAAAGUUUCCUGGACGUGAAUCAAUGGAAGGAGAUGUUUCCUUCCAUGAUCUCGAAGGCAGCAACCGUGGAUGUCAUUUGCAGCGGUGAAGGCGCCAACAGAAACGGCGCCGUGCAAUUGAUGUUUGCAGAGCUGCAGAUGCUCACACCGAUGGUGCCCACGAGGGAGGUGUACUUCGUCAGAUACUGCAAGCAGCUCAGCGCAGAGCAGUGGGCUUUGGUCGAUGUCUCCAUCGAAAAAGUCGAAGACAACAUCGAUGCCUCUCUCGUGAAGUGCAGGAAACGCCCGUCCGGUUGCAUCGUUGAAGAUAAAUCCAACGGCCAUUGUAAGGUGAUCUGGGUAGAGCACUUGGAGUGCCAGAAAUCGACCGUUCACCCCAUGUACCGUACCAUCGUUAACAGCGGCCUGGCCUUUGGCGCGAGGCACUGGAUGGCGACGCUGCAACUCCAGUGCGAGCGGCUCGUUUUCUUUAUGGCGACUAAUGUUCCCACCAAAGAUUCGAAUGGUGUUGCCACACUUGCAGGCAGGAAAAGCAUUUUGAGGCUGGCACAGAGGAUGACGCAGAGCUUUUGUCACGCCAUCGGAGCAUCGAGCUUUCACAGCUGGACCAAGGUCCCAGGUAAAACGGGAGAGGACAUUAGGGUGGCUUCGAGGAAGAAUCUGAAUGAUCCCGGAGAGCCUCAAGGGGUGAUCCUAUGCGCAGUUUCCUCCGUACUAUUGCCAGUCUCGCCCCACGUAUUGUUUGACUUCCUCAGAGAUGAAGCUCGCCGUAACGAGUGGGAUAUCAUGUCGAGUGGAAGCCCGGUACAGUCCAUUGCUAAUUUAGCGAAAGGGCAAGAUCGCGGCAAUGCAGUCAACAUCCAAACAAUGAAAUCUAAAGACAACAGCAUGUGGGUACUUCAGGAUAGCUGUACAAAUGCUUACGAAUCUAUGGUGGUCUAUGCUGCGGUGGACAUCACAGGAAUGCAAGCAGUGAUGACUGGCUGCGACUCUAGCAACAUUGCCGCACUGCCAUCCGGUUUCUCGAUCCUGCCCGAUGGGCUUGAGUCGAGGCCUCUAGUCAUCAGCUCUAGGCACGAGGAGAAGAGCUCGGAAGGAGGAUCACUGCUCACAAUAGCUUUUCAAAUCCUAACAAAUACCUCUCCCACAGCCAAGUUAACUGUGGAGUCUGUGGAGUCUGUCAACACUCUCAUAUCCUGUACAUUGCGGAAUAUUAGAACGAGCUUGCAAUGUGAGGAUGGCUGAUAACUGAAGUUUCAUUUAAGUAGAUAGGGAUAGUCAACUGUACAACUAAUAGGGUGGAGAAAAAUUAGCAGUUUCAAAAGCAAUGGCUUUUCAUUUGUUCUUUGGUUGGAUUGGAAGGCUUGGCUUGGUUUUAAGCAUGUUUUUAAGCAGAAAGUGGUGACUGGCGGGCAAGAGAGAAAGAAGAAGUUUUGUUAUUUAUGAUCGGUUGAAUCAACAGCACAACAUUAUAUUCUUCCUGUAUAUAACUGCUGUUGAUAUUGUA